AUGGUACUGGACAUGGCUGCCGACGGCGGCUCCGCGGUAAAGAUGGUUGUCAGCUACGGCGGGGAGAUCAUGAGAUGCUCCGACACCGGUAAGGCUUGGUACGCCCGGGGCGAGAACCGGAUCGUCCGGGUCGGCAUGUCUGAGCGCCUGAGCGAGCUCCGCGCACGGUUGGCGGCUCUGGCCGGGUACUCAGACGUUCGCAUCCAAUACGCGGUUGCCGGCCCCGGCGGGGACGGACUGGACACGCUCCACGACGUGGCCGACGACUACGACCUGUGGGUACUCGUGACGCGCCUCUACUGCUGCAAUGGCCUGGCCUCCUGGGACGGCCGCGUCCGGGCAUUCCUGUUCCCCAUCAAUGUACCGCCGCGGCUCACACCGGAUGGCAUCCCACGGCCAGCGUCGUCACCGUCGCUUCUGGAGAGUUCAAAGCAAGGACGCGGUGUGGCACCAGCGAGAGCGACGUUCACGCUCACAAGGGCGCAGAGCGCCAAGGCGCUUUCCACUUGCACGCCGGCUCCAUCGAUGGCAUUGUCAAGUGCUGAAGGCUCCGAAACCCAAGUUGAUAGUGGAUUCGAAGCCCUUGCAGAAAUCGCGGCUGCGCAGCGCUCAGCUACGGGGAACGCAGCCUCUUCGUCCGCGACAUCAUCGUCAGGUGUUGCUGCUUCGACGGGACAAGCUGAUAGCGGAUUCGACGCACUGGCAGCGAUUGCGGCGGCACAGAGCUCUACGACGGAAUACACAGCUCGUGGUGCCGCUUGUGUUGCCCAAGCCGAUAGCGGAGUCGAGGCGCUGGCAACUGUGGCAGUGGCACGACAGCAGAGGGUCCAGGUGUUCCCUCCGCCUGCUACUGCUGUAUUCUUGUUCUUGGUGGUGCCAGUAGCACCGGUGGCCGUAUUCUUCCAUGCGAUCCCAGUGUACGGAUGUUUAAUCCCCGCCGUUCUGUAG